AGGGAGAUUUUGAGUAGUAUUUAAUGAACUAGGAGCCAUUCCGGUCGCAUUCUAGGGUAAACUGGUUCCCUUCAGCGGUAGCCAAUGCUUGGCAGUGACCAAGCAAUGUCAGCUCGGGUUGGUCGAAUCGUAGUCCUUUUCCUCCUCGCCUUAGUCGCUCGAGACUCGAGGGGUGAUCGGCUUUCGCUUAUCCAACAAACUCCUAACCGUAAUCUCAUUGGUCAAGACCGCACCCCUGGAAAGGUGUUCUCGCGCGGUCCGUAUCGCGUGCUUGAACGGGGGAUCGCUACGAAACGUCCUUUCAGCAACUCAAAGAGCGCCCUCCCAAAGCCCUUGCGCCUGUGGGUGCCGGUCUCCUCCGCCCCGCUCUCUUCGCCCGUGCUGCUCUUCCAACACGGCUUUGCUGCCAAAACGCACUUCUACUCGCAGCUGCUGUCGCGCAUAGCGUCGCACGGCUUCAUUGUGGUGGCUCCCCAGAUGUACCCCUUUAUAGGCCGAUCCAACACAAGGCCCGAGAUGAGAGGCAGCGUACGAGUGAUCACAUGGAUGAGGAAGAACCUUGCCACGUGGCUGCAGCAGAAGAAGCAGAGGCGACCAGUGUCCCAGUCAAAGCAACAACUUCAACCGAUCUCCUUCUCACCCCCCUCCUCGUCCUCCUCUCCUCCCCCCUUUAAUGUUCCAUCCCCCUCCACCUCCUCCCCCAAGAAUGCCUCCCCCACUGCCACCUACCCUUUCCGAAACACGUCACCUGAUUGGUCCAAAUUCGUCAUAUCAGGUCACAGUGUGGGUGGCAAAGUGGCAUUCGGUGUAGCACGUAACAUCGUCUCCCCCUCCUCCCCAGUCCCCAUCUCAGCCCUCCUCCUUUUUGACCCUUCAGAUGGCACCUCAAAUACCUCCAAAAACGUGCCGCCCGUUCUCGUACACCGGCCCAACUCCCUUGUCCUUUCUGUCCCAGCCCUAAUCGUAGGCUCGGGCCUCGGUCCGAUCCCAAAAGCGCCCGGGCUGCCUGCCUGCCCGCCCAAAUAUUUUGGGCAUAAAACAUUUUUUUCUGACCUCGUGGGGCCUGCAUAUUAUUUUGUAGUGCCCGAGUAUGGACACUUGGAUUUUUACGACAAGCGCAUCGGGAUUUGGGGUGCUUUAGGUGAGGUGGCGUGCAGAAGAGGGCCGGCAAAACGGCCUAUGCAUGUUGCUGCAUCGGGCAUUGGUGUUGCAUUCCUCAAAGCUACAGUGCAGGGGGACUCUGCAAAUUUGGAUGAUAUAUUGAGUAAUCCUAUACAUUCACCUGUGUGGCUAGCUGCUCCCCAAUCCAAAGGGGUUUGAUGCAUAAGUGGAAACACUUUCUGUACAG